GACAACCCCGCCCGCAUUCAAGCUGCAAACGAACUUCCUCAGUUCAUCCACUGUUCGUUGUGCCUACAUUAGCUUCCUACCUUACUAUAAUCAUCUCCACCGUAACACGCCGUAUCUAUCCAUAAUGGCUGCCUGUAUCUUCUGCAGAAUCAUCAAGGGUGAAAUCCCCUCCUUCAAGCUCUUCGAGAGCGACAAGGUCUUUGCCUUUCUCGACAUCCAGCCUCUGAGCCGUGGCCACGCGCUCGUGAUCCCCAAGUUCCACGGCGCAAAGCUCACUGAUAUCCCUGAUGAGGACCUGCAAGAGAUCUUGCCCGUGGCGAAGAGAAUCGCCAAAGCCACCGGCGCAGAGGACUACAACAUCCUGCAGAACAACGGCCGUAUCGCGCACCAAGUGGUCGACCAUGUCCACUUCCACAUGAUCCCCAAGCCCAACGAGCCCGAGGGUCUCGGUGUCGGUUGGCCUUCUCAGCCGACUGAUAUGGAUAAGCUCAAGGCGCUGCAUGAGGAGGUUAAGGCGAAGAUGUAAACUAGAUACUAUACUUACCGUCUUGGCUUAGUUAGGUAGUGUCUGGGUGCAUGGAAGGCUGGGGUGUGUCUGCGCUGCUGCCCUAUCUAUAUAUUUCUCAAUAGCAGGGUUGAUUCGCUUUUUAUGGGGCUUCUGUAGGUUCGAUCUUGUAUGUGAAGUAAAAGGGAGGGAAGGAUGGUGGUGUAGGUGUGGUGAUGGGUAGUCUUAUG